UCUGAGUUACACGCGCACCACACUCCUAGCACAAGGCGCCCACCAAUGUCCCGUAACACCUCACAGAAAAAGCGAAAACAAACUGUCAUCAUCUCAAGCGAUGAGGACGAAUCUGACUCGCGUCCGCCUCCAAAGAAGAAACUAGCCGCUAUCGCGAAGUCUGUACCGAAGGCAGUCCCGUCAGCGUCGACCUCGAAGAUACCAGCCAAAGGAAAGGACAGGGGAGAGAACGCGGAACCGGCCGCCAAAACUUUCAAUUGGGCCGCUGCAAAAGCCGCAAAGUUAGCUGGACCAUCCGCCCCUGGUUCGAAACAGGUCCCCGAGCCCAAGUCGUCCAACUGUCUCGAGGGACUAGCCUUUGUCUUUACCGGCGAACUCAGCAGUUUUUCCAGGGAUGAAGCAAUAGACUUGGCGAAGCGAUUUGGGGGUCGCGUCGUAGGGCAGCCUUCAUCAAAGACAUCGUUUGUCGUCUUGGGUGACAAUGCCGGUCCUUCGAAGCUUAAUGCGAUCAAAAAGCACCAGCUCAAGACGCUCUCCGAGGACGAGUUCCUUCAUCUAAUUGCUACUCGCGAAGGACCAGGUGGACCAGGCGGUGAUGAGUUAGACCAAAAGACCAAGAAGAAGAUGGCAAAAGAACAAGAAACGAUCAAACAGGCUGCGAAGGAGCUCGAGCGGAGGGAGAAACAAGCAUCGAAGGACGCCGGUGAAUCUGGCAGCUCCAAAACCGACAUCUCGAACCAGUUAUGGACAACGAGAUACGCUCCUCAGUCAUUAAAGGAAAUCUGCGGUAACAAAGGACAGGUCGAAAAAUUACAGCAAUGGCUUCACGACUGGUCAAGUAGUUUGAAGUGUGGUUUUAAAAAGCCCGGGAAAAACGCUAUGAAUGUCUAUCGCGCAGUAAUGAUCACUGGCCCGCCUGGCAUAGGUAAGACUACCAGUGCACAUCUUUGCGCCAAGCUCGAAGGCUUCACGCCCAUCGAACUUAAUGCGAGUGACGCGCGCAGCAAAAAGUUAGUGGAGAGCGGUAUGAACAUCAGCAACUUGUCAUUAGACGGAUGGAUGGGUGGAAAUGAUGCGACAAACGCAGCAGGAGUCAGAAUCACCAACAAGACAUGUCUCAUCAUGGAUGAAGUCGACGGCAUGUCCGCUGGCGACAGGGGUGGCGUUGGCGCUCUCAACGCCUUGAUCAAGAAGACAAAAAUACCUAUUAUCUGCAUCGCUAACGAUAGAGGCGCCCAGAAGCUGAAGCCACUCGUCGCAAAUACUUUUAGCAUGCCAUUUAGACGGCCCGAGGCUCAAGCUGUCCGAUCACGCAUAAUGACGAUCGCGUACAAGGAGAAGAUGAAAAUUCCUGCGAACGUCAUCGACCAGCUCAUCACCGGCUCUCAGUCGGAUAUUCGACAAGUUUUGAAUAUGUUGUCGACGUGGCGACUAUCCAGUAGUAGCAUGGACUUUGAUGAGGCGAAGAAUCUUGCAAAGAUCAACGAAAAGUACACCAUUUUGACGCCGUUUGACGUGACGAAUAAAAUUCUUGGCCCGUACGCGUUUGGGCCGAAUGUUCGGGAGACACUGGGCGACAAGAUGGAAUUAUACUUCCAUGACCAUUCCUUCGUCCCGCUUUUCAUCCAGGAAAAUUAUCUGAAGACUCAACCUGUCAAGGUUCGGAAUCUCGAAGGGCCUCCAAAGAUGUUGAAGCAACUCGAGUUGAUGGAUCAAGCCGCAUCUUCUAUAUCUGAUGCCGAUCUUGUCGAUGCCCUGAUUCACGGGCCAGAACAACACUGGUCAUUGAUGCCAUUGCAUGCGGUGUGUUCGAUGGUGCGACCCGCUUCAUUUCUGUUUGGUCCAGGCGGCGGAUAUGGCGGUCAAAACCCAAUGACAUUCCCUCAGUGGCUAGGACAAAAUUCGAAACAGAACAAACUUAAUCGACAACUGGGAGACGUACAGGUCCGAAUGCGACUCAAAGUCUCGGGGGACAAGCACGAAAUCCGCCAGUCGUACAUCCCUGCACUGUACCCUCACAUCGUUAAGCCACUGAUCGAUGAGGGCGCGGCUGCUGUCGAUGACGUCAUCGAACGAAUGGAUGAGUAUUAUCUUUCCCGUGAAGACUGGGACACUGUCAUUGAGCUCGGCGUGGGCACGCAGAAAGAUGACAUUGUUAACAAGCUCAUCAAACCUGCGACCAAGACAUCGUUUACCAAAAAGUACAACAGCACGGAACAUCCAAUACCCUUUCACAAAGCAACAGACCUCGGGAAAGUACCCAAGAAACUCUCAGGAGGCCCCGCGCCUGAUCUAGAGGACGUUUUUGAUUUAGAUGAUGAAGUUGUUGAUGUGUCCGAUGACGAGAAGAAGAAAGUCAAGGAUGAGGAUGAGGUCGCCGCUGAUAAGCUGUUCCAGGCUAGUAAGCCCAGAACCCAGAGUCGGAAGGGUAAGACGACUACUGUCAAAGGCAAGAAGGCUCAGAACUUUAUGUGAUUUAUUUAUCGUGGACUUAUAAUGAGCGGCUCUUCAUGGGGUGCUGAUUUGUUUUCAUUGCAAAGACGACACAGUUGCACAUGCGGGGAGGACUCAAUUCAGCAUGCUGAAAGGCCAGAUUCGCGUCAUAACAUACCCAAUAAGGCUAACUCCCAUGAUACCACCCACUACCUUGGAGUUUAUUACCUUUCACUCAUCCCUUCUUUCAGUCCUCUGUCGUGUUCACUCCAUUGGAACGCCCUCGGAGAUGUAUUGACAGCCCUGGCUACGAGCUAAAUCCCAGCGAGUACUG